AUGACCUCCUCUUCCUCCUUUUCGUUCCUCUUCCUCGAGGACCACGAAGACGUCGUCGCCGUCGUCCAAAACUGUUCUUUGCUUUGCGUGUCUCUCCCGAACGCGUACGAACGGAAAACGCGAGGAACGGUUUGGAUGACCACGCACGCGCUGUGCUUUGAACCCAAAAACGACUCCGAUAAAGACGAAGAUAAAGAGCCUGGAUCGAGGACGAUGAGAACGAGAACGAGUGCACUGGCACAAGUGUUCGGGGAAUCCCCGGGAGGAACGAAAAGGAGCGAACGAGUUGAAGGAAAAGAAGCAAAAAUUGUGAAAAUCAAAUACGAAGACGCGAUUGGACCUUCGAUUGACACGUCGAGAGUGGAACGGAAUGCCGUGGAUAUUUCGACGGCGAAAGCAGUUUUGAUCUGUGGGAACGAGAGGAGAGAAAUCGUGAGAGAUGAAACGAUCGUUUGGAGAAUUACGAUGGAAGAAGAGGAAGACGGGGAGGAGAGCAUCGAGCAGCGGUUGCGAACGCCGGCGAAUAAGCUGUUGAACAUUUCGAAGCAGAAAAACAGGCAGACAAAGUGCGAACAGCUGGCGUUUUUAUCUCGGCAAAGGGAAGGUAAUUUACGAUUCGAUGAGAAGAAUCUGAGGGUGAAAGGGGAGACGAGUCGAUUUGAUGCACCCGCGGCGAAGAUUUCGCCGUUGGUGAGAAGAGCCGGGAGAGUUCGAGUGACGGAUGCGCAUUUGUAUUUUCAACCUUUGAUUGUGAGAGAUAGCAAAGCGAAGAAAAAUAUAGCGAAUUGGGUGGCUUUGAAAGACGUCGUCGCGGUCGCUCGCAGGCGGUACGCGUCGAGACCAGUUGCUGUGGAGGUGUUUUACGAAGUGAGCGAUGACGACGAUGUUAGCAAUAAAUCGAAAUCGACGAUGAUGCGCGGUUCGAGUGUUUUAUUCGCGUUUCGUUCUGAAUCCGCGCGAGAAGCUGUAAUAGAGGCGCUUUUAAAGAACAAAAUCGACGAGAGUGAAAGCGAAACGACAACUCUGUCGAGAUUCUUGGACCCGACAAACGUCGAGGCAAUUUCGAAAGUCACGAACGCGUGGAAAAUCGGCGACGUGUCAAACUUUGAAUACCUGAUGUAUUUGAACGCACUCUCCGGUCGCUCAUUUCACGACGUGGCGCAGUAUUUCGUGUUCCCUUGGAUUUUGAAAGAGUACGGUGGUGAGAAUGACAGUAAUAACGGUUUCAAUUCAGAUAAACACAGCAGUAAUAGAGCGAACAUCGACGUCUCCGACGCCUCGGUGUACCGCGAUUUAUCGAAACCUAUUGGCGCGUUGAAUCCAGAGCGAUUGAAAUACUUCCAAGAGCGAAUGAAACACAUGGAAGACAUGCAGAAGCGAAAUCAGCACUCUCAAAAACCGUUCUUAUACGGAACCCAUUACUCUGCGCCGGGUUACGUCCUCUUCUACCUCCUUCGAUGCGCGCCGAAGCACAAUUUAAAGUUGCAAAACGGAUCUUUCGAUAAGCCCGAUCGCUUGUUUAAAUCUAUAUCGGAGACGUGGUCGUCGUGUUUAAACAACAACGCGGAUUUAAAAGAACUCAUACCAGAGUUUUACAUACCGGAAUGUUCCCGGAAGUUUCUUCGAAACAACUUGAAACUCAAUCUCGGCCACCGCGCGUCCGCGCCCCACUCGAAAAUCGACGAUGUGGUUUUACCUCAAUGGGCAAAAAACGACCCCGUUCGAUUUACAUCGAUCAACCGAAAAGCGUUAGAAUCCGAAACCACGAGUGUUCAUUUACACGAGUGGAUUGAUUUAAUCUUUGGCGUGUUCCAGAACGAUUGUAAAAACAAAAUGAACUCUUUCCACCCUUUAACGUACGAAGGCGAGAUUAACGUAGACGACGCGGCAUCGAUCGACGAACAGAUGAGUUUGGAAACGCAGAUUAACGAGUUUGGGCAGACGCCGAAGAGAAUCUUCGGUGAUGUGCAUGCAAAGAGGAGGCGCGAGGCUUGGAGGCGAUGGAAAGACGAUGGCGCUGUCGGUGCCAAGCGGAAGACGAAUAGAAAAAGCCAAUCGAUGAUUUCUCAACUAGAGUACGAGAAUUUAGGAACGACGACAGAAGAUAACGACGACGACGACGACAACGACGAUGAGGACGAAAUGGUCACGCCAAUACCAAUGGAUAUUCGCGCGAGUGUUAUCGAUACUAUCCGUCUCGUUUCGAGGAGAGCAGACGAUUAUUUAUUUGUCGGAGACGAUGAUGAAGAAGACGCCGCCACGAAUGGCAUCGAGGCGCUGAAGUUGAACGAUUCGCCUUCACGAAGAGCCGCGUCGCCAAGUAAUAACAUGCUGGAACGUUCAUUCAGCGACGCGCACGGAAUUGACACUUCUCUCGAUAAGCAGAUCGAAUCUGUCGUUCUAGGAAACUUUAGGGCGCCGAAACCUUCGGAUGGUGAUGGUGCUGACGGUUCGCACGUGGUGAAGAAAUGGUCGAGGAGGACGCACAACGGCGCGGUGACUGCGUUGGAAUGUUUUGCAGAUUCGAACGUCGCGUAUUCAACUGGUUCGGACGGAUUUGUACGCAUCAUCGAUAUGAAGAACGGACAUACCAUUCGUGCUGUCCCAGCGUCAUCAUCGACGAUUACAAAUUUAGCGGUGUUGCGACAAAGCGUUGUCGCCUCUGACGCGCGCCGUCUCCCGAUUGCGUUGUAUUCCACAUCCAAUGGCAAUCUUUUUGCGUAUAACGGCGAGUACGGGUCUGUCGACCGCGUUAGUUCAACCAAUUUGACACCAAUAACUGCUAUUAAAGUUCCCUCGAUGUCGACUGAACAAGGCCGUGCGGUUACUUCCCACGCCAACGGCGCGAUUGCGCUUCGCGACAUCGAGAAACGCGUUGAAGUCAGCGUGUUCGGUACGAACGAAUUUUCCGGCGACGGUGCGAACGACGUACUCGUAGAUCCACAGUGCCACAUUAUCGUGUCUGCGCACGAUUCGGGCGUCGUCAAAGCAUUCGAUACGCGUUCGUCUGCUUUGAAAUCGGUGUGGAAACAGAGCGUCGCGAGUCGAAGAAAUAUCGCCGCGAGAUCGAUUGCGUUUGCGCCGUUGGGCGACGGCUUAGGCGACGCGCUCGGAUUUAUCGUCGCCGUUGACGAUUCUGGUCAGUGUUGCGCGUUAGAAACGAGAAUGCGAGGGAGAAUCGUCGCUGCCGCAGAUACCACGACGACGUCGAGUUUUGCAAAUGCCCUCGUUUCGGCAAAUACCUCGUUGCGCGUGAACGUUGACGGCGAGAAGAACAUCGUCUUAUCUGGAUUCGCACAAAACGUUUUCCGCGUGGGUAAAGAAGCUGGAGUUUUGAGAGACGAAAACGACUUCCGCGAUUUAGAGUUACGGGACGACCACGAUGAUGAUGAGAAGAAGAAACACAAUUCUCCGUCUGAGCGAAUAUUUACCGCGGCGUGUUUCAAAACUGGGUCGGACCGAGACGUCUUCGUUGGCGCCGCUAACGGCGAAGUGAGCGCGUACGCGCAUCGGUCGUCGCACAUAGAAUAG